AUGCGAAGUGCGCAGGUGGCUCGCAGUAUUAGCUCCUUGGCGCAGGAUGGCGGAGGACACGACCCGAGAUUCAAGUACCCACCUAACUCCUCGUUCUGCACUUGUGGUGAUUCACACAAUGCUGCGCAUGAAGCUCCGAACAUCUGGGAAGAUCUCGUCGCUAAGAAGCUUAAUGCCACUGGCACCGCGUGCCGUCCUCCAACAGUGGAGACGCCUCAAGAUGCGGUUAGCGUGAAGCGUGCUGCUGUCGUCGCUCGGAGAGACGACCACAAUCCCUUCUUCCAGAUAUCGGGCAUCCUCAACGCGUGGAUCAUGAUGAAAGUCCUCGGCUGGGACAGCGGCUCCACUCAGCUCGUGACACUUGAUCGAGCACUACCGUCCCCCGUCGAUGAACUACGACACGCCAUGCUAGGGCCCGAUCAUCCAAUAGUCGGCGGUAACGAGCUUCAACAGCAUGGCGUGCGCUUUGAGACGGUGUUGCUGGCUCCGUACGAGGCGCGAGGGCCGAUGAUGAGCCACUUGCAGAUUACGCGACUUGCAAGACCCCAUCAAUGUGUGCUCGCGGGCAUUCGCGUCGCCAGCAGAUACGUUGGCGAAUAA